AUGGCUAUGCCAAGUGAAGAAACAAUAAAUGCCACCACAAUGCCUUCAGGUGCCACAAUCGCGCAACAAACACACAAACAAACAAAACAGUUAACAACAACAUUGACAGUGCUAAUGUUAACAAUGCUAACAGUAUUCGCACAAAUGCCGGCCAACAGCACAGCCGCAUCCUUAUAUGACGCCAAAGAAACGUCUGCCUCCUCCGCCGCCGCAUACGCCAACAUCAUAACAGUAUUACCCAGCGCUGACAGCGCGGAAAACACGCUCAGCAACAGCCAACCUGCAGUGCUGCAACAGCUAGCCGGCGGCAGCUUGGCAAGCGGGCAGAGUGGGCGGAGAAAGCGCCUACGCAAGCGCCACAAUGCCAACAUACGUUUGAGCGAAUUGGCGAGCGCAGCGCUGGCAAAUGCAGCGGAGUUGCCGCUCGAAUGGCUGAAUGCAUGCGGUGGACAGCAGGUGAUGCCGCGCAGUGCGCAUGCGACGCGUGCCGGCAAUAACAAACACGUGCGCCGACAGUUGAUGCUACUAACAAGAUCGCUGCGCUACGAGAAUGCGACGCUUAGUACGCUGCAUAAAAUCAAUAUCGAUGACAUGCAUACAUGGCGAUUGUAUAGCAAGAAAUAUCGAUUCCUGCCUAGUUUGAAUCGUACAGCUAAAAUCGAACUCCGUCACUGGCAUCGUGGCAUGCAGAAAUUCGUCGCCUCCUUUGUCGAAUUGGGUAUCAAGCAAUAUCGCUGGGAUCAGGAGAAGCGUCAACAUACAACCGAAUUAACGCACGAACUCAAUUCCCUGCUACUCAGCGCGAAACGUUUACUUUGCGAAGUGGAAACAACGCUGAACAACACACAUCCACAUGCCAAACUAACAACAAUAACAAGCGAAGAAAUGCAAAAGAAACUGAAAUUCUAUUCGAGAGAUGACAGGCGCGUAGCCGAGCGCGGCGUAGAUCCCAUUGAUCUGAAGUUUGCCAAACAACGCUAUAGCAAAUAUGUGCAACGUAUGUUCCAUAUAAUACGGCAACAGCUGAGAAGAAAUCGAGCAGCUGUACGUGCAUCUGCCAAAUCGGUGGCAGCAAAUAGCAAUGAGAGUAGCAGCCAAUGGGCAGCAUUGGCGCAGGCGUUGGACUAUAGUGUUGGCGAGACAUCGGGUAGUGAAUCCUUUGCGCCGACAGCAAGUGUGGCGUUAAGCAAUGAGUUUUCGCUGGGCGUAUAG